UGUCAACUGCCCGUUGGAAUGAAGCAACAGCGAAUCGGUAGUCGCUCUCGCGUAGUGUUGGUCGGUGAUUUCAGAUUCCACGUGGUCUUUUGACGUCUUGUGUGUCUUUCAAUCUCAAUGUCUGCAAAGGAUCGAAGAAAGGAAACCCGUCCAGUGCCAACUACGAAGUGGAUUCCAAUUUGGACGACGCCAGCGAAAUCGAACACGAUCCUGGCAUUAAAGUAUUGUUUCCCCAGGACAACCAAACUCGAACUGUUUUCAGAUCCAAAUCUUGGAAAUUGAGGAGCGCUAACUGCGACGAAAUCGCUUACGGUACUAUUACUGUCGGAGAUCCAGUAAUGGCUUAUUGGAGCCCCAUGAAGAAGUUUUAUGACGCAAGAGUCGUCGAAGUUCCUCGCUUGUGCAGUUCAGGGGCAGUCAAGAGACAACUUGAAUUAGAUACCAAGGAAGUCUCUGAAGUAGUCGAGACAAAAAAAAAGAAGAAGAACAGUGCAGCUGAUAAAGCCCAGAGGGAGGCAUGUGUCUCAAAAAUGCUUCUUUACUCGAAGCUGCAGCUGACUUUGUGUGCAAUGAUGAUUUGGAAGACUUUAUUUGAACCUUUUAGUAAAAGUGGCCAGACAAAAGAAAACUCAAAGGAGUUACUUGAAUCUGGCAAAUGCCUUGAGAUGAGUGAUAUUGUCUAUGGUGAACGUGAUCCAUCUCCUGAGGAAACAGGCCAAGUUACAAUGAUGGUUGCACUGCAGUCAUUGGAGAAGCAUGUGAAGGAGGUCGUUGAGAGAGUAUGCAAUAUUGAAAAAAUCCUAAAGGAUGCCAAGUCAAAAUCUCUUGCUACCCAUACUCCAACUGCUGGUGAACAAGUAACACCUCAACAGUAUGGCAGUCCGAAGAAGGCAGUGCUUUCUGAUGAAACAGCUUCAAGUACCGUCCCAGUUGGUGAUGUGUCCUGCAGUGUUUUUGUGGACAAAGUAGCACUGAGAAGGGUGGAGCUGAGGUCGGGGCGGAGGAAUCAGCUGGCCUUAGGACUUUUUUGACAUUGUGUUUGAGCCUGCUGUCUUUGGAGCCUCUACUUGCAACGGUUCACGUGACGGAUCAAAACAGUCGCUAGAUCCAAAGAUACUAGAAGCCAUCCGAAGUCACUGCUUCAAACUCUUCCCUCUGUCGAAGGAAGAGAAUCUCAAAGAUUCAUGGCAAAAGAUGGCUAAGGCCAUCACUGACAAAUGCCUUGCAUGUGGCAAGAAGAACGUUGAAUAGAGUAGAGUUGAGACUGGUCAGUUCGAUAGUAAAGUAUGAGUGAAAACCAUUCA